AUGGCUUCUGCUUCGCGUGGUAGGGGAGGACGAGCCAGGAGACAGGAAUCUCCCGAGGUGAAGCUUUCAAAGGCCUUGUGAUAUAUCUGUAGACAUGGAGCAUCGAAAGAAGGACUUGUUCUACAAGAAGGUGGUUUUCUAUUCGUGGAUGAGAUAUUGAGACUGAAGCAGUUUUCUCAGUACACAGAGGGGGAUGUCAAACAUGUUGUGGAAGUAAAUGACAAGAAAAGAUUUGCAGUACAAAAUGAUCCAGUUAAUGGAAGGUUGAUGAUCAGAGCAAAUCAGGGCCAUACUCUUGAGGUUGAUGGUCUGGACCUACAGCCAAUCAAAGGCUCAACUGAGGCACCUGUCGUAGUACAUGGGACAUACCUUGAGGCAUGGCAGUUCAUUCAAAAACAGGGUUUGUCCAGAAUGGCACGCAAUCAUAUUCACUUUGCACCAGGAGAACCAGGCGAUGAUGGUGUCAUCAGUGGCAUGAGGUCCAGCUGUCAAAUACUUGUCUUUGUUGACAUAGAUAAGGCAAUUAAAGAUGGUUACAAGUUUUUCAGAUCCACCAAUAAUGUAAUCCUCUGCCCAGGAGAUCAAAAAGGAUUUCUUCCACCAAAAUACUUCGACAGAGUUAUACAACUCAGACCACGUCGACAGUUACAAGUCAGUUGAUGUUAUCAUGACUAUAAUAUAACAUCUUGUAAUCCUUGGCACUUUAUUUUUUUAUCUAAAAAUCAUUGUCUUUUAAAAUAAAAUUUGAAUCAAUCCUUGUAUUUCUUUUAGAAAAAGAAAAAGAAAAAUGAAGGAUAUUUUUACAUGUAAA